UUCGGCUGGUUUGAUUCAUCCAUUUUGAAGAGACGGGGGAGCGGGGGGCUCGUCUGAUUAAGGGGCCCUGAACCAAGAAGCAGCGGAGUUUGAGAAGCCAGCAGUUCGGGGUUCGGCGGCAGCGGCCCCAUCGGCCGAAGUUGGGGGGGGUGGGGCGCCGAGCGCGCGGGGUGGGGGGGGGUCCUGGUCUUUGGCUUCUCGACUCGGUCCCGUUUCGACAGCGAACAUGUCUCGGCCUGUCAGAAAUAGAAAGGUCGUUGAUUAUUCACAGUUUCAGGAAUCUGAUGAUGCUGAUGAAGAUUAUGGAAGAGAUUCAGGCCCUCCAGCUAAGAAAAUUCGGUCAUCUCCUCGAGAAGCUAAAAAUAAGAGGCGAUCUGGGAAGAACUCACAGGAGGAUAGUGAGGACUCCGAAGAAAAAGAUGUGAAAACCAAGAAGGAUGAUUCUCACUCAGCAGAGGACAGCGAAGAUGAAAAAGAAGAUCAUAAAAAUGUGCGCCAGCAACGGCAGGCAGCCUCUAAGGCAGCUUCUAAACAGAGAGAGAUGCUCCUGGAAGAUGUGGGCAGUGAGGAAGAGCAAGAAGAAGAAGAUGAGGCACCGUUCCAGGAGAAUUCCGGCAGCGAUGAAGACUUCCUAAUGGAAGACGAUGAUGAUAGUGACUAUGGCAGUUCAAAAAAGAAAAACAAAAAGAUGGUUAAGAAGUCCAAACCUGAGAGAAAAGAAAAGAAAAUGCCCAAGCCCAGGCUAAAGGCCACAGUGACGCCAAGCCCUGUGAAAGGCAAAGGGAAGGUGGGUCGCCCCACAGCUUCAAAGGCAUCAAAGGAAAAGACUCCUUCUCCCAAAGAAGAAGACGAGGAACCAGAAAGCCCUCCAGAAAAGAAGCCCUCUGCAAGUCCUCCACCUGAGAAAUCAGGGGAUGAAGGGUCUGAAGAUGAAGCCCAGUCUGGGGAGGAUUAAAAAAGUGAUGAUGGUUUGGGGAGAGAUUUUAUUAAAAAAAGAAAAAAAAAAGAAAAAAGAAAAAGGGGGAAAAAAAAGAAAACCUACUUAAGAUAGAACAUGGUUUUGGCUGUGGCUUGACUCAUGGGCUUUCAAUGCUUUUUUUCCUUUUCUUGAAAAUAACAUUCGCUCUUUUUUUUUUUUUUUUUUUUUAAGAGAACCAUUGUAAGUUUAAUUUACCUUUCUGUCUAUUGGUCCUCUCUUUGCCAUCACCCCUCUUUCCCACCCCUUCCCAAUGAAAGCCAUGUCAAAGUAAUCACUGGAUUGACUGCUUCACCUUUUUAUUUUUAAUGGAAGGUAUACCACAGUUGUAAAGCAAUAAGAUUUGAGAUGAACACUCUGGAAAUUUUGCUUUUUGCUAAGUGAUAGCAAGUUGAAUCAUAAUCAAAAAAAACAUAGAAGGGUUUUGGUUAAAAAUGAUUGCUUCUUUCUCUACCUGGACUUAAAAAAGUCACUUGUCAUCUAAUACAAGUUUAUAUGUCUAUAUACAUAAGUAUAGAUGUCAAAAAAAAAAUCAUGAUGUUAAACUUCCACUGAUGGGGCAGGUAGGACAUAAAGAUGAAUUCUGAAUUGUUACUAAAAGUAUUCGUAUUUUUUACCUUGGGGGCAAGGCAGGGAAUGGUGUUCCCUGACCUUGUUUGAGGGUGUGGUGUUUUUUUUUGUUUGUUUGUUUCUUUGUUUCUUUUUUUUUUUUUUUUUUAAUUUCAUCACUUGUUAUCUCAACGAGACCCGGAGCCAGUGAUCCUUUUAUCCUGCUACAGUCUUUCAGGAACUUUAAAAGAACAACAACAAAAAAAAGGCAAGGGCCACCAAAACUUAAAUCACUCUUGAUUUCCUAUUUCGUUCUCUAAUGGUUCAUGUUUUUAAAUAUAUAUGUUAUCUAUUCUGUUUCUCGGAUAAAAUUUUACCAAGGAUCAAAAAAAAAAAAAAACCUUAGAAUUUAAAUGGCAAGAUCUAUACACCAGAGUGGAUUUCUUCUUAACUGACAAUGUUUAGGUUUUAAGCAAAUAAAGUACCAAUUAAUGUGAAACUCAA